AUACGUAGCCAGCAAUUACUCGCCGAAAUCGGAGGAGAGGAGGAAAUCGUCGAAGAGCGUCGUCUGCGAGGAGUGCGGCAAAAGCUUUUCUCGGCCCGACAGUCUUCGAAGACACGAGAAAAGCUAUUGCAAGGCGCGAAUAUGGAGGCUAUGAGAGAGGGCGAGAAGGGCCAAGAGGACAACGCGGAGGCGUGCGAGGUCUCGUUUCACGGGCAGCUGCCGAUGAGUUACUUACUGUGCGACUCGUCCAUCCUGAACUCCGCGGAGACUAGCGUGACGCAGAAAAACGUCAAGUCCAAUCAGCAGUUCCGUUGCGACGGAUGCGGCAGAGCUUACACGCGAAUGGACAGCCUGAAACGACAUCAGGCGAAGUGCGACGCUUCUCUGGAGAAGCUGCAAGAAGAAGUCGAGUGGCUUCACAGGCAGAAGUUUUACUGCAAUCAGUGCGGCAAGGGUUACAAGAGGUUGGACACCUUGAGGAGGCACCAAAGGCUCGUCUGCGUGGACAAAGAGACCGCUACCACCAGCUCGUAAAGGGAUCUCUGAUUCGCUUUCCCUCUGGCGAACUUUGGUGCUCCGAAAUGACGAGAAGUUUAUUUGUUGACUUUGCGUGGCAGGAGAAAGUAAAUUUAUCCAAGAGAGUUUUUGGAUCGAACGUUUAACCCUUUACGAUUGUUGAUACUGAUCCGAGUUAGGUGUCGAGUCGAGAAUUAGUCUCUAUUCUUAAAAAUCAAAUCUUCGAAACAUUUCGUACACUUCGAUUGCAAAGGGUCAACUAUCGUAAGGGUUUAAAUAUCUGGGUUAAUAUUUACUCAUAAUUGUUGAAGAAAAAUAAUAGCAAGUAUUUCGAGGGUUUCCCUUUGCGUGUACGCGAGGCGACGUGCCUAGCGUUAUACCUCCGAAACUAUAUCCCCAACGGCACUGUUUAAUUUCAUUGCACUUCCAGGAAGGUCCCAACGACUCUUUCCUUGUAUUUUUAGUCGGGAAGAAACCGUCAAAUCACCCCCAGAGAAGUAACCGCGUUUACUCGGUGCUUGGCUAAAUUUACAUCAAAUAUACCAGUUCAAAUCACCAAAUUCAACAAUAAUACAUGUGCAAAAUAGUAUAUUAUAUCGCUGCAAUGUUGAACGUUGAAUCAGUUUAUAGCUCUUGUUUGAACUUUUCAAAUAUUUGUACCUGCGCGUACGUCCAUUAAAUCCUGAAGGAAUAAAGUAUUGGAUAUCUGAA